GUUUGUCGCGUCUGCGCAGUACAGGGAAAAUCCAGUUUUGAUCAAAGAAGGCAGAUGUGGAUGGGUGGCAGAAAACGCAAUAUUUUCUAAUCGACAUUUUUGGUGGAGUUUUCGUUGCAAAGUAAUGAAGAGCAGUGUAUCAAUUACAAGUGUAACAUGCAAACCGGCCAAUUGGUGUCAGUCAAUCUGAAUAUUUCGCAUCAGCAAAGCCAGAACGGAACUGGAGGAGUUUCUUUGGGAAGUGCGGUGAUUUUCAAAAUGAAUGACGCCAUUACAAUGAAUUCAGUCGGUCUCUUGGAGCUGGCUCAUCGGGAAUACCAGGCCGGAGACUACGACAAUGCAGAGCGGCACUGUAUGCAGUUAUGGAAACAAGAUCAGGCAAAUACUGGAGUUCUGCUACUGUUGUCCAGCAUUCACUUCCAGUGCCGAAGACUUGAAAAGUCGGCACAUUUCAGCACGCUCGCUAUCAAGCAAAACCCAUUGCUCGCUGAAGCAUACAGUAAUCUGGGCAACGUUUUCAAAGAGAGGAAUCAGCUGCAAGAAGCGCUGGACAAUUAUCGACAUGCUGUGCGAUUGAAGCCGGAUUUUAUAGACGGGUACAUUAAUUUGGCGGCAGCUCUAGUGGCCGCGGGCGAUAUGGAACAAGCUGUCCAAGCUUAUAUUACUGCUCUGCAAUACAACCCGGACCUUUAUUGCGUGCGUAGCGAUCUUGGCAACCUCCUGAAAGCUUUGGGGCGCUUAGACGAAGCUAAGGCAUGCUAUCUGAAGGCGAUCGAGACCAGGCCCGAUUUUGCGGUGGCGUGGAGUAAUCUGGGCUGUGUGUUCAAUGCGCAAAGCGAGAUCUGGCUGGCGAUUCACCACUUCGAAAAGGCAGUGGCUUUAGAUCCCAACUUCCUCGAUGCUUAUAUCAAUUUAGGCAAUGUGCUGAAAGAAGCGCGGAUUUUCGACAGGGCGGUAGCAGCAUAUCUAAGGGCGUUAAACUUAUCCCCAAACAAUGCAGUGGUGCACGGCAAUCUUGCAUGCGUAUACUACGAACAAGGACUUAUCGACUUGGCCAUUGAUACGUAUCGAAGGGCCAUUGAGCUGCAACCCAAUUUUCCCGAUGCUUAUUGCAAUUUGGCGAAUGCGCUCAAGGAGAAGGGCCAGGUUUCGGAAGCUGAAGAUUGCUACAAUACGGCAUUGCGACUAUGCCCAAGCCAUGCAGACUCUCUAAACAAUCUGGCCAACAUUAAAAGAGAGCAAGGAUUGAUUGAAGAAGCGACUCGUUUGUAUUUGAAGGCCCUGGAAGUGUUUCCGGAAUUUGCCGCCGCUCACAGUAACUUGGCUUCUGUACUCCAACAACAGGGCAAACUGAACGAAGCACUGAUGCAUUACAAAGAAGCCAUUCGAAUCCAGCCGACGUUUGCUGACGCGUAUUCCAACAUGGGAAAUACACUGAAGGAGAUGCAAGACGUUGCUGGCGCACUGCAAUGCUAUACCAGGGCGAUUCAGAUCAAUCCGGCGUUUGCCGAUGCUCACAGCAAUUUGGCCAGUAUUCACAAAGAUUCCGGCAACAUUCCUGAAGCCAUCCAAUCGUACCGCACGGCAUUAAAGUUGAAGCCGGAUUUUCCAGAUGCGUAUUGCAAUUUGGCCCAUUGCUUACAGAUCGUGUGCGAUUGGACCGACUACGAAGGCAGAAUGAAGAAAUUGGUAAACAUUGUUGCGGAUCAAUUGGAGAAAAACCGUUUGCCGUCGGUGCAUCCUCAUCAUUCUAUGCUGUACCCGCUUUCUCAUGAUUUCCGAAAGGCAAUUGCUGCUAGACAUGCCAAUCUAUGCUUGGAGAAAAUUUCUGUUCUUCACAAGCCGCCAUAUAGAUUUCUGGCUGAAUUGAAAGGGCGGAUUCGCGUUGGGUAUGUGAGCAGCGACUUCGGCAACCAUCCAACUUCUCACUUGAUGCAAUCGGUUCCUGGUUUGCAUGAUAGGACCAGAAUCGAAGUGUUCUGCUACGCUUUGAGUCAAGACGACGGAACCACGUUCAGAAGCAAAAUUUCCAGGGAGUGUGAACACUUUAUCGAUUUAUCAGGAGAGCCGUGCAACGGCAAAGCUGCCGACCGCAUUUACUCAGACAACAUUCACAUUUUAGUGAACAUGAACGGAUAUACUAAAGGAGCGCGUAAUGAGAUAUUUGCCUUGCGACCAGCACCCGUUCAGGUAAUGUGGCUGGGUUAUCCGGGAACAAGUGGAGCAAGUUUUAUGGACUAUUUGGUAACUGAUGUGGUUACAUCUCCGCUAGAAUUGGCGAGCCAAUACAGUGAAAAACUAGCCUACAUGCCCUACACGUAUUUUGUGGGCGACCACAAGCAAAUGUUUCCCCAUUUGAAGGAGCGCUUAAUUGUGUCUGAUCGGAGCGCCAUUGGCAAUGGGCUGGCAGAUAAUGUUGCCAUCAUCAACGCCACCGAUCUUUCGCCGCUGGUCGAACACACUGAUAUUAAAGAAGUGAAGGAAAUAGUCAAGUCUGCGAUGCCCGAUGUGGAAAUCAGUCUGAAAGUUGCUGAGUUGCCCACGACGACUCCCAUUGAAAAUAUGAUAGCCUCCGGACAAAUCCAGACUUCCGUAAACGGAGUUCUGGUGCAAAACGGCUUGGCGACCACGCAGACCAACAACAAAGCCGCUACUGGCGAGGAAGUUCCUCAAAAUAUCGUUAUAACCACCAGGCAACAAUAUGGGUUGCCCGAUGAUGCUGUGGUCUACUGCAACUUCAAUCAGCUAUAUAAAAUCGACCCUUUGACUUUACAUAUGUGGGCGAAUAUUUUGAAAGCUGUCCCAAAUGCGGUAUUGUGGUUGUUGCGGUUUCCGGCAGUGGGCGAGCAGAAUAUACUGCAUACAGCCCAACAGUUGGGUUUGACUCCUGGCCGUAUUCUCUUCAGCAACGUUGCUGCCAAAGAAGAACACGUUAGACGAGGGCAAUUAGCUGAUGUUUGUCUGGAUACGCCACUAUGUAAUGGUCACACUACUAGUAUGGAUGUUUUAUGGACUGGUACGCCCGUGGUCACGUUCCCGAGCGAAACUCUUGCUUCAAGAGUUGCAGCCAGUCAAUUAAACACUCUGGGGUGUCCGGAGUUGAUCGCUAGAAGCAGACAAGAGUAUGAAAGCAUCGCAAUCCGCUUGGGCACUGACAAAGAAUUCUUGAAGGCGAUGCGGCACAAGGUAUGGACCGCUAGAUCGACGUCGCCCUUGUUCGACUGCAAAAUUUACGCGGAAGGUCUCGAACUGCUCUACUUCAAAAUGUGGGAGCGAUUUUCCAAAGGGCUGAAACCAGAGCACAUCACCAACACGACUAUUAAAAGGUGGCCAUAAAUAAACGUUAUUUCCUAACGGGUUUGUCGGCUUGUCUUCUCAUCACUGGGCGGCGUUUUGAAUUCAAAGACAUUGGAAGGUUGACAAAGUGGUACGCAGUUUGUGAUAGCAACUUCUUUUUGUGGACAAGAUGUUUUGUGAGUUGCGUUCUGUUUUUAUUGUUUUUUCACAGUUCUACGUUAGCGGAAGCAUUGGCUUCCAGGGUGAGGAAAUGAGCUUGUAAAUAUAAUCAGUGUGCGUCUUUGCAGAGAUGAGAAUAAGUUAUUCAUUUAGUCUUUAAUAUGACAUUGAUUAAGCAGUCUUGUGAAUAAAUUACUGCAUAAUUAAA